ACUUUGAUUCUCAAAGUGUUCAUAACCAGUAGUCGGCAACUAAUUGGCCUACUUAAGGCAAAAUAAAGGGAACUAGAUUAUUCAAAAAAAGUCAAAAUAAAAUUUCCAUCUCGUAAUGCCGUAGUGGUGAGAGCCUCUAGUCCGUUCCAGAUGGAUAUACCAUAAAGUUUUGGAUCGGUCUCUUUUUGAAAUACGCAACAAAUAAAAAAUAUCUUGUACACCUAAUGUCAAUCGGCUAGGGGAUUUUCGAAAAUUGAAUGACUUGUAAACAUAUAUAAAAUUUUGCUGAUUCCAACAUUUAUAUAUUUUCCAUUAGCAAAACAUAUAAGAGACGCAAAUGAAACAAUCAGAUAUUUAUCGUAAACGACGCUGGCUGCGAACGCUGACUGCGAACUCUCAGAUCACUCGAUAUACGCACACUUGAUUCUGCUUGAGGCUCGUCACGUAAUGAACUGCGUACGCACUAAACACACGCAUACCAAAAAGAUUUCCGCACAUUGUUCACAACUAAUAGAUUAAUUGUGGGAAAGGUGGGACCCGGAGAAAGUUCAGUGUUGGCAGUUAUGCGUAGAUGCUGGUGACAGAUUGCCUCGAAUGCCCUUUGAUGUCCGCAAGCAAUUAAAUAGUGAGCUGACAAAUAAACAAUGAGAUCGCGAGGCGAAUAUCGAAUAAAUGAACAAUAUAAGUCAAAUAUAAUACUAAUUUUGUUAAGAGGUGUUCGAGUUUUUCGAUAGGCGAAAAGCGAGGCCUCUUUCUUUCCGAGACCUGCUGAUUUAACGCCAAUAUGUAAAUUGAGCGGAUCAACAGCGCAGCAGCAGAGUGCUUAAAUUGAACGCGAAACAACUUUAAACUAUUAGUGUUGUUGUGUGAAUAUAUACAGUGACUUUUAUAAUGAAAUCACAAUUACUUGCAGUAAAUUUUGAAUAAGUGUGAGUCUCUAAUUUUCCGAACACAAUUUUCGUAUAGUGCCUUAAAAAGUGAAAAAAGCAAUAAAUAAAAAAAAUGAUCUUUGAGGCUUUGUGAGCUUCAUAUUUCCUCAAACUUUAUAGAUUUUAGGACUUUUUGCGAAAUCGGUUAAAAUUCCAAUAAAUUUUUAAAUAGUAUUGUUUUUAUGGAAGCCAUUCGUUGCGCGACCGAGGCACGCCUAAAUUGUGCUGGCGCUUUUUUUUUCUUAUUCUAAUUGAAUCACCUAUAUAAGACUGCUCUUUUCUAAGCCUAUACGAUUUUGUUUUGCCAUUUAUUAAUUCAAUCUCCGCUGGCUGCCAUCCAAAGACAUAAAUACUACCGCAUAUUUGCUUCAUUGUAGUUUUUUUAUUAAACCGUUAAUUAGCCGAACUUAUUCAUAAUUCUAUUUUUAGCGCCGAUAUACCAGCUUGGCUCUAUUUUUGUAUAAUUCUUAUUAAUUUGAAAGAUAUCUUCAUAAGUAACAUUAUUUUUUACAAAUUUUCUUUUGCUCUUCUUGCGUGCGCGCUUGCGCCGUGGACAACGCCGCAGUCGGCGCGGAGCACUGUCAUUUUCAUUGAUGCAAUACCUGUCAUUUUCUAGAGCUGUUAAUUGAAUUCCAAAACACCCCGCUGUUGUUUAUGGGUGGGUCCAGCUCCAGCGGACCCGUUUUUCCAACGUCUACACGAGCGCACGCAAGUGAGCCGUGCAAGAGGUGAGGCGAGCAGAUGUGGAGCUAUUUAGAUUAGUUUUCGUGCGCAGGGUAAUUUAACUUGCAAAUGUACACAUUCCAAGCCGCUAAAUAGUGUUAUACAAAGCCACAAAAACAAAAACAGCGAACAAUAUAUAAAAGUAUAAAAAAGGUAAGACAAUAAAAAGCCAAAUACAUCUGUACGGAUGGUAUAAUAUGCUUCAGAUGCGAUAACGUUGCGUUGGACAACAACAGCAACAACGAUGAAAUAAUUAGCGACCAUACCAACAUCGCUUUCACUUUCAGGGGACGCUCGUCAACGCCAAUACCCGGCCGCGUCGCAAUAGCCGCAAUAUUUUAGCGGCCCUCGGCCGACGGCGCGUUUAUGUCGUAAACACAGAAGAGCGCGCAUGCAUUGCGUGCAACUUCUAUACUUUUUUCCGUAUUUGUUUGUAUUCAUUUUUUUGUAAUUUUUCUGCACUUCUCCUCAGAUCAGCGACACUGUGUUUGUUGCGUUAAUUGCCGCCGUCGUCACUGCGUCUAUUCUUCUUCUUCUCCUAAUACACGAGUAACAACAAAGCCACACCGGCAUCUGCGAUUUUCCGCAGCACCAAAUCAAGUGAACUGCCAGCUGCCAGCCGCGACGAACAUGACAAAAACGCUUAAGCAACAACGCGUCAGUCAACCUGCCAGCUAACCCGGUUGGUCAAUCAAACGCAGUCAGUGCAAAGUCAGUCAGUCGAGCAGUUCACAGCGAAGCGGUCCAAUACCGCUGCCUCCACUACCAAACGUACAAAGUAGUCGCUAUUUUGCGCUGCACCUAAAUAUGGAUCCGCUCACAGUUUUGUUGCUCUCGUUCAUUAUCCUGGCGCUUAUUUGCAUACAUUUGCACCGCAAACAACAAUAUUGGGAAGCUCAGGGCAUACCGCUGCUUAAACCGUUCUUGUUCUUUUUCUAUGGGCGUGGACGCAUUGGCACCGAUUGUCAUGCUAUCGACAUACCCAAUGAAGUCUAUCAACGCUUCAGAGAUUCGGGUGCACCUUUAGCGGGCAUGUUCAUGCUCAGCGAUCCACUUAUCAUACUACUCGAUUUGGAGCUCAUCAAACAUGUGUUGAUUAAAGACUUUGCCAACUUCAGCUAUCGCGGGCUCUACCACAAUCUACGCGAUGAUCCGCUGAUGGGUAAUCUAGCUGCAAUCGACGGUCCUUACUGGAAGCGUCUACGCGCCAAAUUGACACCAUCUUUCACUACAGGCAAAAUGAAAUUUAUGUAUCCCACACUCAUAAAAGUGGCCCAACAGUUGCCAGGAGUUGUGGAUCGGCGCAUCUCCGACGAAGGCGUAAUCGAUGUAAAAGAUCUAUCAGCCUGCUAUACCACAGAUGUGAUAGCGUGCUCUACACUUGGCAUUGAAUGUGAUAGUCUACACAAUCCGCUUGAAGACUUUCGUCUGAUUACCGUUAAGUUCUUCGAGGAGUACAGUGUAACCCGUGAUUUGAUUAGCCAACGCCUACCGCAGCUCGCCAAAAUGUUGCACUGGACCAACACACCAAAAGUGGUGACAGAUUUCUAUAUAAAAGUUGUGCGCGACAAUAUAGCCUACCGUGAGGAGCAUGGCAUAGUACUACAAGACUUCUUGCAAAUUAUGAUCGAUCUCAUUAAAACGGAAUCACUCACAAUGGAAGAGAUUGCUGCUCAGGUGUUUGUCUUCAUCAUUGCGGGCUAUGAGACCACUUCGACGACCAUGACAAAUUGUCUGUGGGAACUGGCAGUGAACGAGGACAUACAAGAGCAAGUGCGCGAGGAAGUUGUACAGGUGAUGCAGGAGCACGAUGAUGUGCUCACUUAUGAGUGUCUCAAGCAAAUGACCUACUUGGAUCAGGUGCUCAAAGAAACCUUGCGAAAACAUCCCAUUGCGCCUGCAUUAAAACGCGUUGCUUACGAAGACUAUAAAGUACCUGGCACCAACUUUGUGAUCAAAGCCAACACCACGGUGCUCAUACCAUCCGAAGCAAUACAACACGAUCCACGCUACUAUCCAGAUCCAGAGAAAUUCGAUCCGUUGCGUUUCACACCCGCAGCCAUGGAGGAGCGACACCCGAUGACAUUCCUACCAUUCGGCGAUGGUCCACGUAACUGUAUUGGCUUGCGCUUCGGGCGCAUGCAAGUGCUCAUCGGUUUAGCAACGAUGUUACGUAAAUAUCGUUUUAGUGUGGCAAAAACCACGCCCAUACCGAUUGUAUACGACAAAACAAUUUUAUUACGUGCGCCGAAAGGUAAAGUGGAGCUCAAAUGUGAGCGUUUAGUUGAGGAGAAAUUUGCCGAUCACAUACAAAAGGGUGCUGACGAAGAGAUGGAAAACUUUGCCGCAAGCAUAAGAGAGAGGCGUGAAUAUGAAUUUACAGAUGGUGAAAGAAAUAAAUAAUGGAAUGGGUGUACGAAAAUUCGAUUGUGGUUCGGUGAAGUUUGAAAUUUUGUAUUAGCGGCAGCCACAAUUAGUUUGAGUCUUUUGAGACUAUUUUAUGAAGAGGUUGUAAUGAUGCUUAGUGAAGCUAAGAAUUAUUUUAGACUUGCUAUGAAAAGGUUGUGAAAUUUUUAAGGGAGAUUAGAGGCCCGGAGAGAAUUCGAAAGUUGAAAAGUCUCGCCAAAAACAUUAUGUACCUAAACAUAGAAGUAUAUGUAGUUACGAGCUCUAUGCGCUCGCUUAGUUGCUUAGUUAGUGCUCAGCUUUAAUGCGACCAAAUAGCUCAGCUAACGUAACGGUGCUUCAGAACCGUUCACCAAAUAAAAGCGUUAAAGCUUUUACGAUCACAAUUUAUAUACACACAUACAUAUAUAUAAUAUAUAUUUACACUACAUAUGCAUAUAUUUUUAACCGUUAUAUUUACACUCACGCAUGUUUUAUUAAAUGAUUUAUUCGAAUAAAAAAUGUUAUUUUGUAUUUGUAUUCUUUCAAAU